GCAUGCGCGUGAAGGGGGAGGAGCCGUUGGGGGAAAACGGUGAAUAGCUGUUAUGGCUAGCUGGCUAAUCAGAUGGAUGUAGCGAAAUUACAAAAGCUUUCUUUAAGGAGGGUAAAUAAACACAGCUGAUUGUAGUCUGGUAUUCUUUUGGUAUCUUAGGGACUAUAUUUGUACCUAAACUCCGUCCUGACUAAGCUCAAGCAGUAUAUUGCCCGCUGAGCAGUGGAGAAUCCGUUGCUCUGCUCUCAUGAGGCACACAGCUAGCUAGACUGAGCUAGCUUAGCUAAGUUAGUAUGCCCUCUGAUUUUAUAUCUCUUCUGAGCACGGAUAUCGACCUCAAUUCCCCCAAAUCUCUGUACUCUAAAGAGUCAGUGUAUGACCUACUCCCUAAAGAACUACAGCUUCCCCCCACCACACAGGACAAACAGACCAUGAGCCAGAAGAGCGGUGGAGAGGCAGGCCCUCUUCCCUCUGCAGCCCUGGCCUCAGAUGCAGCAACUGCCUCAUCAUCCCCUGGAGGGCACAGCAGUGCACUUCCUGCCUCUUCCAGCAUGCACUCUACUGCUUCAGCUCCAGAGCAGUCAUCCAGGCUCCACAGCUGUCUCCCUGCAGAGGUGUUGGGAGCGGAGCCUAGUUCAGCUUCUGCCAUCAGUGGGGUUGCUGGGGGUGAUGGUGUUGGGGUACCAGCCCAUCAGAACCAGAUGACCCCCUCAAAACGGCGGACUGUCCUGAAUAUCUCUCCACCUCCAGAAGACCUGCUGGAUGACAGCCGUAUGUCCUGCCAGGAUGAGUUACCACUCAACCCAGACUCAGAGCAGAGCAGCAGUAUAUGGAUGGAUGACUCAGUUUCUAACUUCAGCAUGCUGAGCAACAGUUCGUACAAUGAUAAUACUGAGGUCCCCCGAAAAUCCCGUAAACGUACACCUCGCCAGCGGCCUGGUCCCAAACCUGUGGCCAGGGAUGAAGCAACCAUGGAUGUGUUUGAUGCAGACAGCGCAAAGGCUCCACACUUCGUACUUUCACAACUGGGUUCUGAAGCAAAAGGCAAUCUCAAAGGAAGCACCCUCGAGGUGGCUGGCAGUCAGAAAGGGGGUGUUCUUUCAAUGCAAUAUCCACAAAAGAGCGAGGGGAAGGAACUGAAGAUUCUAGUCCAACCUGAGACACAGCACAGAGCACGAUACCUUACAGAAGGGAGCAGAGGAUCUGUCAAAGACCGCACACAGCAAGGCUUUCCCACUGUCAAAUUAGAAGGUGUGAAUGAACCAGUCGUACUCCAGGUGUUUGUCGCUAAUGAUGCUGGACGUGUAAAGCCUCAUGGAUUUUAUCAAGCCUGUAGAGUGACUGGGCGUAACACGACAGCUUGUAAGGAGGUGGAUGUCGAGGGGACCACAGUUAUUGAAGUGAAUCUUGAGCCUAGCAACUCCAUGACAUUAGCAGUGGACUGUGUUGGCAUACUGAAACUGAGGAAUGCAGAUGUUGAAGCUCGAAUAGGGGUAGCUGGCUCCAAAAAGAAGAGCACUCGGGCUCGUUUGGCAUUUAGAGUCAACAUCCCCAGACCAGAUGGCUCUGUCCUCACUCUGCAGACCCUUUCUUCACCAAUUCUCUGUACCCAACCUGCUGGAGUGCCAGAAAUUCUCAAGAAGAGCCUUCAUAGCUGCCCAGUGAUUGGAGGAGAGGAAAUUUUCAUAAUUGGCAAAAACUUCCUCAAGGGAACCAAAGUUAUUUUCCAGGAAAAUGCUACAGAUGAUAGCUCAUGGCAGGCUGAGGCAGAGAUUGACAUGGAGCUUUUUCAUCAAAAUCACCUAGUGGUGAAGGUUCCUCCUUAUCAUGACUUGACUGUGACCUCCCCUGUGUCAGUUGGGAUUUCUGUGGUAACGAAUGCAGGAAGAACACAUGAACUGCAGCCUUUCACCUAUACGCCUCAGCAAGAAAAAGCUGAUAUUUCUGUGAAGUCAGAAUUGCCAGCAACAUCUAAGCCUUGCACUUUUGAAGACCAGAUAACAGCAAUGCAAAGUGGGACCAGUAGUCUGAACAGUACCUUGAUGGCCCCAAUGAUAUCCAUAGUCAAACGAGAAGAAGUCACUCCAAUGGAAGUCUCUACCAACCCCACAGCAUGUAACAUUUUUAAGCCAGCAGAGGUUCUUAAUUCAAACCAACAGAUUUUGGAAAUAACCACCGUCCUUCCCACAAGCAGCAAAUCAUUUCCUAGCCCUGUGCCUCUGCAGCCUGUUGACUCUCAACAAUCAGCACCUCCAAUUUUUACAGCUCCAGAGCCCCUUACCACUAUUCAGAAGCAGGACAUCUCCCCUACAACGUCUUUUCAAGUGUCCUUGUCAGAAGACACAACAGUUCUUCAGCCUGUGCCCCCGCAGGUCCCUCAGCAGUUCUUGCGGGAAACCCCAGAGACUCUGUCUCCAGAAGACAAUAGCCCAGAUGGCACAGGAAUGGUGGUAGUGAGCAUGGAGUCCAGGCCUCCUCCAUCCCAGCAACCCCAGGUCCAAAACCUUUUGCCUCAGGAUGAGGUGGCACAGCUAGAAAGAGCAGUAAGGGAGUUGCAAGAGCAACAGCAACUUAACUCUGUGCUUUAUGGUCCAACUCCUUCUGCUGAAAGCCUCCAACAGCAUGUUCAGGAGAACAUGAACAGUUUAAGGCUGGGUGGCAAUGAGAACACACUGACCAACCAACAGCAGCAGCAACAAGAACAGAACAUAUUAGAGAACCUGCAGCAACAACAUCAAAAGGCACUAGUGGAUCUCCAACACCAGCAAACAGUCCUGGAAAGUCUGCAACAGCAACAAAAGGUCUUGGAGAACCUUCAGCACCAAGCUCUUGGUAGCUUGCAACAGCAGCAGUCGCAUCAAAAAGUUCUGGAAAACAUGCAGCACCAGAAAGUUCUUGAGGACAUUCAGCAGCAAAACUCUUUGGUGAACAUGCAGCAUCAGAAAGUACUCAAUACUUUGCAACAGCAGCAACAACAUCAGAAAAAUCUAGAGAAACUUCAGCAAGAGCAACAACAUCAAGAAGUCCUGGAAAAUCUACAGAAGCACUUACAGUCAGAACUCCCACAGAUUCCUAUGCAGUGUACACCAAGUUUUUCUGGAGUACCACCAGAUCAAAUAUCUGAGCAUCAAAGCACCACGCAGACAGAUGGUACAAUGUCCCAGCCAUCUGACGGUUUCCUCCAAAAUUCAUCCCAGCAGCCACAGCAACAAGCACUUUUCCAACAGGCAGGAGGGAUCUUGACUAUUCAGACAUCAAGCUUUCUUCAGCAGUCACCUUCGCAGUCCUCACCUCCCCAGCAAUUAUUUCAGAGUCAUAACCCUAUGACUGAAACACAGGACCCUCAGACGGCACUCUUUGGCUCUUCCAAAGCUUCCCAGGUCCAGCCUGCUUUAUUUCCCAAUACAUUGACAAUGUUGACAAGCACUAACUUAUCUUCUGAGCAGCAGGCUCCCUCAACCACACUUUUCAUUUCUCAGGGAGUUCUCCCUAGCCAAAUAACAGCUGACAGUACCCAGAACCAACAGCAACAACAGAUAACUUUUCUCACACCCAUGCCACCAUCUGCUUCGGCCCAGACAGUCUCACUUUUUCAGGGACAAGCCCAGUUGUCCACUCCAAUGGAACAACAGCAGUCUCCCCAGCCGCAGCAAAUACCGACACCUCAGCAAGCCUCUCUUUUCCAGAGCAUGUCUACGAUAUCCCAAAGCCAGGCUCAGCAACCAUCACAGACUGGCCUACUAUUUUGUGCUACGCCUAUUAACCCUCAAGACCUGCCUCAGACCCUCCUAUUCAGUGGCCAGAACCAGGGUCCAAUUGGUGGUGAACAACUUCCACAGAACAUAUUUCAAGACCAGCAGCCCAUGCAGGUUGUCCCAAGCUCUGCAAAUGUGGCAGCAGAUACCUCUACAAACCAGUCUACUGUUCCAUCCCAGUCAAAUCAGAGUCCUCAAAUUCUUUUCCCCCAAGCCAGUGUAGUGAAUGUGGCUCAGCAGGAUUCAUCAGAGCCUAUGUCUUUCCAAGAUGAGAGCUCUGUUGUGGAUGACUCAGCCACCAGUAUGCCUUCAACUCGACCAGGACUUUUUCAGGACCAGCAACCUAUGCAGGUUGUCCCAAGCGCCAGUAAUGUUGCCUCUGUAUCUUCCACAGACCAAGCCUCUGUCAACAUUUUUUUGCCCCAAGCAGCCAUUUCAGCACUGCAAAGUGGUGUAGGCACUCAAGAGUUACCUCAGGCUGCCACAGCAGCAGCCAUUUUUAGUGGGCAGGGUGGGGUGGCCAUUGGAGGCUUGCAGAGCUCCACCCCCACAUCCAGUCAGCCGACUCCUGAUCCACUCUUUCAGACAGCUUUGGGGAACACCCUAAGCCAGCCAGGACAACCAGGACAACCAGGCCUGUUUCUGUUUGAAAUCCCCAAUGAAUGUGGUCAGCUAUUAAACCCUUCUGGUCCUGCGUUAGCAGAUCGACUUGUCUCCAUGGGGCAUCCUAGUUCAGAUCAUAACCAGAGCCAGCUUCAAACUAGUGCACAGAUUCACACUUUACUGGACCAGUCAAGCAACCUCAACGAGAAGAUUGACGAACUACUAGAGCGGUUUCAGGAACAAGGGAAGACACUCUCCAGGAAUUUUUUAGAGCAGUAAAUGUACUUCAAAUAUCAUUUGGUGAGCCCUGCUAAGCUUUCUGUCAAGCUUAUAGAUCCAAGUGUAAUGUGUUGUGGAACCUGGAGGAUCUACAUUUAAAAAGGUUUUAGGCUUUAGGUUUAAAAAGGGUUGUUGUAGGCUGUUACAGUUGGUUGUAAUCAUGGUUGGUUGUCUUUUUAAGCAUGUUUAGGGAUCUGCAUAGUUGGGGCCAAUGAAUGUUCUGGCAAGUCAGCAUCAUGCGAUCUGAGGCCAUUUCAUAUCUGAGCAGCAUAUGUUGUGUUUGCAUUCUUUACUGUUAAUCAUUUUCCAUCUCAUUAAUAGAAACUGACACAACUUGAACCUAGAACUCACCACUUAAACCCAAGACAUUGGACCUGUAAGUUGAUAAGAUUUUUUAGAUGGUAUGUUUAGCACUUUAUGGAGCUUCUGAAAUGAGACACUUCCUUUAAGCUUUCGGGCCAUUUUCAUCCACCUGUUACCCUGUGUCUCUCUGUUAAGUGUUUUUCUGCAAAGGUUCUCUCUCUCUUUUUUUUUAAAUUUUUAUUUCUAAGUCCAUUCAUAUGUAGAUUUGAUUUUCAUAACUUAUUUAACGAGCCAUGAUUAAUUACUAUAAUGUUUUGUUUUGAUGAUUGUACACAAUCUUCACUGACCCAUAAGAUGUAUAACAUUCACUGUAAAUAUAUGUAUGUAGUCAAGAUUUAUUUUUGCUGUUGUUGUUCUAUCUAAUACAUUUGCAGAGAAGAGGUCCAUCUUUAGUCAUUCCUGUCCAGGAUGUGUACCAGCACUUGUGUACAGUAUGUUAACAUCUCAUACUGUUGUGUCAGAUACACGCACAGACUAGCCUGGUUGAUUAUCUGGAAACUUGUAAGCUUUUACUUCAUUAGGCUGUUGUUUUAUUGUGGCAAGUCAGGUGUAAGAGGCCUUUUCCAUGUCAAGCUUUUUGGUGGGCUGAUGUCCUGUGAUUAGUAAGUAGUGACUAAAAGUGUUAAUGCCAAGGGUGGAAAACUAAAAUGAGAGAUCCAGUUGCUUAGAAUUCGUUCACUAUUGAUUGAUUGUGCCUAUAUGCACAACUGGUUUAAGCAGCUGCCUGUUUAGACUGAGUUUCAGGAUGGCCAACCGGGCUAUGCACAUGCAUGCCCAUGACAAUGUGUACAGUGUAUGUCAGUUUUGUGUGUUCAGUAGAGGCAAAUAGAGCAUAUUAAUCUUUGUACUGUUGUUACAUGAAGAUUUAUCCAUGGUUUUAUAUUAAAUGUGUUAGAUGUACUUUUCCAAUUGGGCACUAGCUGCUGGAAAGAAGAUUUAUUAAUGUGAAGUGAGGAUGGGUCAUCAGUUCUUUCAUUUAUGUUUGACAUAGUAAAUGAAGUUGUACAGCGUUCGUUUUAACACAUUGGCGUAGUAUUGCUACAUUGUUUACAUAAAUAACCAUUGUUAUAUCAUUUGGACUAAUUAUGAGAACAUAACUCAUACCCUAUAGCUUUACUCCUGGUCAUGGAUAAAUUUUGUUUCUUCCCAAUUUUUUUUCUGAAUCAGCACUCUCAUGUGUUCUUGGAAGACAUUUUUCAUGAAUAUUCUGGCUGUGGAUUUUUACCAGCUAACAAGUAACACCACUCGUGUGUGUGUGUGUGUGUGUGUGAUUGUUUGUGUGUGUGUGUGUGUGUGUGUGUGUGUGUGUGUGUGUGUGUGUGUGUGUGUGUUGGUCACAUCUUUAUUUCACCCAUGUUCAUGUUCAUCUGUGUUUACAGCAGCCCAUUAUUUUGAAGAACCGAGUUAUUUGCAGCAUUUUCAUUUCAAAGCAGUUUUGCUUUGAUGAGUUGUUUUGUUGAAAGAUGUGUAAAUUUCUCCCAAAUUCAUUUGCUCUAUAUGUCAAUUAUUUAUCUUUGGACUAUUUCCCUUGUUUGUCUGCCACUGUAUAGUCAUUUAUUUUCUAAUUAUGUAUUUAAUACUUGUUACAAACCCUGUAAAAAAGAAGCUGAUCUUUUUAGUUGUGGUGUUUUUUCCUCUGUAUGACAUUGGUUUGUAGAACAUGUGCUGUCUUUGUAGUAAAGUGUAUUCUCUCACCUGUAUUAAGUGAGCCAUACAUACAAUAUUUUUGUAAGACUGAAAUUACUAAAUGUACUAUGUACAUUUUAAAACAUUUGAAUUUUGUGUCCCUCCUGCAGUACUGUACUUCAUACAUCAUGUCAAGGGGAAGUGAAUGAUGAUAGUGCUUUUGUCCCCAUCACUGUGCUAUGAAACAGAAGUUCUGUGUGACUUGUGGAGCUCAAAUUCUGUCAAUUUAAGACCUGAAAAAGGAGAAGUUUUUACAGAGUAUAUAGGCUAAUGAUUUGGAACGUGCGUUCCAUACAAAGCCAUAUAAACAAAAUAGUAGCUCUGAUUUCAGAGUGAAAGAAUGUGUUUUUACCUCAUGAUGUAGAAAUAUAGAUUCACACUACAUCUAACGAAGGACCAAUUAAGAUGACCUCUCCUUUUCUCUCACAAUAUGGCAGCAGAACUCUUUUUGUGGAUGAAAUAUUUAUCUGUGAGUUCUUGGUUUUUGAGUACCAAUGUUCCAGCUUAAGUCAAAGUGUCAUACUGUAUAUGUAACAGAAAACAAGCAGAAACAGAACAAAAGCAGAAUAUUUCUGCGCAGUCCAUCGUUGUAAGAACUACUUAAACUUUCAUUAGGUUACACAGAUAUUUAAUCUACUCUCCAUUGUAUUGUCCUAUUUUUAUUGGAAGUACUUUGUGCCUUUGCAAGCCGUUCCCCCUUACUUCUAAAGUACCUUUGUAACUAAUUACACAUUUUGGGGUUUGUAGUUCAACUUUAAAGUGAUCCAAAAGUUAAAAACUGCAAGAUUUCUAAUGAUGUGUGAAGUUGUCUUGUCUAGGUGUUGUUUACAGAUCCAUCAAAUGCAGAAACUGAGUGCAUUUGAGCUUUAUAUCAUGAAACUGCUAUGCAGCUCAAACAUUUUUCUUUUUUCCACCAUUUUUUCCCUUUUUUAACAAUUGGUUAUUGCCUCUUGAGAUUUGCCAUAACAAGGUACAGAAGAGAAAAAAAUGAUAUUCUUUUGAUUGUUCUCAUCUCUUUAAAAAAAAAAAAAAAGGCAUGGUGAAGUAAUGUAUGUGAAAUGGUUUCUGACAACAAUCUUCGAGCGCUUACCCCACUCACCAGCAGUUUGUGUGCUUUGUAUGCGUGUGAAUGUUUGAGAGUGCAUUUUACUCAUUUUCAUUUUUCAUAUGCAUUUUUUUUACUAUGAUUUGCUUUUGUUUGAUGUGAAUAAUAUUCUUUACAUUUUGAAGUCAUAGGGAUAACCGUUUACUUUUGAGUGUGUCUCUGUAUCGUGUGAAGACUCAUGUGAAGUAACAUUUAACAUAAAUAUACUUGUAUUUUGCUUUAAAUCAGUACAUUUGUAUACUCUUGCAGUUAUAUUUCUGUAAAACGUGCUGCUAUCUAUAUGAAUAAAGAUAGAUCUGAAA